AUGUUAUUAUACCGCAACAACACAUAUGCACCCUUCCGUCCAUCGCCUUUGCGGCAAGUGACCCAAGCAGGAACCCCCUCAAGUACAAGCACUAACCUACGUCGAACCAAUAUAAAAAAAGCAACAAAACAACAAUGGAGGGACAAGUUCAAGCAACAGUGCAUGGAUAGAAUAAAAGAAUCCAGAAUGAAGGCUUUUAACGCAAGGAGAAGAGGGUUUAUUACGAAUGAUAGUGAAGAUGAGUGGCUUCGUGACGUAAUACUGAGCGAAUGGGAAGUAUUUCAAGCUGCUUAUGAAAAAGAUUACGCGUCAUCUGUUGGAGAUGUGGACAUUGACAUGGCGGCUUUAUUGGAAGAAGAGUUUCUACAAGAAAUCUCAAGAGAUUUAUUGACGGAAGAUACGUCAUUUGAUGAAGUUGAACGUAUGCUCGCAAAUGAGGAAGAAGAGCUUCGG